AUGAUCAUGGAAAUUAGUUUUUCGCCCUUUAUUUUGGAAUUAUUUCUGUGGGAAAAUGUGCUUGAAGAGGAAAGUGAAUGUACUUUGACGGAUACCGAAGCUAUCUUCUCUUUACAAAAAGCAAGCUUGGCUAUUGAUUGGCCGAUUCUCGAGGCGGAAAACAUUAGUAAAAGUGAAAAAUGUCAUGCUAGAAAUCAAGUUUUAGAGAAAGCACAAAAGGUUUUGGAAAAUCGUGCAAAAUGUAAAAAAGAGAAACUUCAAAAUCUGCAAAAAGAAGCAAUAAAAAUACAAAUCAAUUUGGAUACUGACACACUGAAUAAAAUAGAGGCCUUGAGAGACAGCCAUCGGAAGGCCGCGAUGCAGGAUUUUGAAGAUUGGCGAUUAAAUGCGGAAAUGCCGUUCCUUCAAAAUAUUUCUGGCAAAGUGCAAAAGAAUAGGAAGGCAUAUAGGCCUCCACUUCAAUGGUUUAAAGAUGAUCUUGGUAUCAUACAAUCUCGAGAAAUUAACAAGAAAGAAGUAGAAGGAAAUCAACAAGAUAAAUCAAUAAUUAUAGAAGAAUUAGAGGAAGAACUAAUUGUCGAAGAAAAAUCUGAGGGAGGUUUAACCGUUGAAGAAAACAUAAACAAAGACUUAAUUGUUAACGAAUCAAUAGAGCAAAUGAAUUCAAAAGAAGAUACAACUCUCAAUGAAAAUAUCGGAAAAAAAGCAGAUGUAGAAAUAAAGGAGACAACAAAUGUGAGCAAGGAUUUUAAUUUUGCAGAAUAUUCUAGUUAUUCCGAGGAUUCCGAAUCAAAUGAAGAGGUUACAUCCUUUAAAUCUUCGACAAAUUCUUUAGUUAAGAAAAUGAAUCAGAAACUCUCACAAAAAUUUUGUACGAAGACGAAGAAACAAGGAUCAGAUCGGGAUUUAAUUGAUAGGAUACUGGAGAGUCGAUAUCCUAAAAUAAAUCAAAUAUUCGAUGAACCUACGAAGGCAGUUCCACUCCCUAGAAGAAGUGGAACGAUCAACGUAACUUUUUCCGAACGGGCCUUCCCUACUCCUGCAAGAGAGAGUUCCUUCAUUGAAGAACAGGAAUGGCUCUCCAAGCAAGCAGAGGCCAGAAGAAAAACAGGAUUCGUUGCCGAGGAUCUUCGUCCUGAAGAACAGGAUCCACAAUGGUUAAAAGACAAGGGCGAUGAUUUCUUCAAAGCGGGGAAUUAUUUAGCUGCCAUCAGUGCAUAUACGCAUGGAAUCAAAAUCAGCAACAAGAUGGCGGCACUUUAUGUGAACAGAUCUGCUGCACAUUACGCUCUUGGAAAUUAUUAUAGGUGUAUUGAUGAUUGUUCUAAGGUAUUGGAGUUAAUGGAACCAAAGUGCGAAAGCAACAGAGCAUCGCGAGCAAGGUGUCACGCUCGUCGAGGUGCUGCGCUUUGCAAAUUAUCUGCACCACAGCAUGGAAUUCCUGAAUUAGAAGCUGCCUUGAAGCUAGAUCCAAAUAACAAGAGCAUUCAACACGAUCUAUAUGCUGUUAAACAAUAUUUUAAUAUAAAGGAAUGAAAAAAAG